AUGUUCAUAGACAAAAUUUAUACAGUUACGUUACUUCAUGAUUUUGAUUAUCCUCUCAAUGAAAAUAAACAAGAAUGUGCAAUUAAUCAAACUCCUUAUCUUACUCAAUUAUUUUUCAAGAAUACGAUAGACUGCCUUAAGUAAUUUUUAAGGUUUGGUAACUCAAUAUGCCCAGGGAUGAAAAUGAAGUACAAGCCUCUGUUUCAUAGAUUGAAAAUCAAUGUAAAAAAUUAAAUAUAUUUUGAAGAGCAUUUUUUGUAAAUAUUGCCUGCCCGAAAUCAGGAAAUGUGGAAAUGCUUCAAUUUAAAUGGUUUGCAAUUGAUGACUAAAGAAUAUAAGUAAUAAAUUGUUAUAACAUGACUGAAAUUAAAAGAAAAACCUUUUAAACAACAACCCUAAUACAUUAUCAGGAUAUGUCUCUAUAACAAGUAUUGGUUUUAAAAGAAAAGUGGAUUUUUAUCUCAAAGUAUUUUCAAAUUGAUAUUUAGAUUUUAUAAUUAAAUUCAACCUCUGUGA